UAGGGCUCUUGCGAAUGGCGAUCCCGGCGUGGCGGAUUUGCCUGGCGUCGGCGUCCCCGGAGGAGCAGCAGCACCAGCGGCGCCUCACCUCGCUGCUGCGCAACAAGCAGCGGAUCCUGGAGGCGCGCCUGGCCGCCAUGGACGAGCAGGAGCGGCAGCUCCAGUCGCGGCUGCAGGGACUCCAGAGAUUGCCGCCGCCCCAGCACCGGUUGCUGCAGAAGAUCGUCGCCAGCACAAUGCAGGGCCGCACGGCGAUCGUGGCCGAGGUCGCGCGGGCCUCUCCGGCGGAGAAGCCAGAGGGCGUUGCGCAAAGGAGCCAGGACUAUGUUACAUGGGGAGCUGACGCCAUCUCGGUUUGCACUGACGAAGAAGUAUCGCCAGAUGGAGUUUUGGAUCUGGAAGCUGUUUCGAAAGCGGUGGAGGUCCCAGUUCUUCGCAAAGAUUGGAUCAUUCAUCCGAUACAGAUAAUCGAUACUCGGGAAUCCGGUGCUGCUGCUCUCACGGCCGUCUACUCAGUUCUUUCCAAAGGAACGCCAUCCAUUCUGCGCUACAUAGCUACAGCUGGACUUGACGCAGUUGUGGAGGUCGUCAAUCUCAAGGAACUUGAGGAACUCUCCACACUCGGCAUCCCGCUCUUCGGUUUCAACAUCUCAGUUGGAGUUGCGGUUCCAAUACCAGGCUUUCGGCAGGACAUCGCCAAGUCUCUGGUUCAAAAGCUCCCCUUCGGAGCCGCAUCCAUUGUGGGCGUUGCUUCGAUGGAGGAGGCACGGCAGAUGAAGGUGUCGGGGGCGGACGCCGUCUACCUGAAAAGAGAGGCUCUAAGUUCGCCGCAAGAGCUACUCGAAAGCUUGCGAGAAGGAUUGAGUGGAGACGACUAGAAAAACAAAUAAACACCAGUCAUUUACAAUCA